AUGACAUCGGUCAAGCGCAAGCGCCUCUUCCGCCCUAAGAACAGCGACAAACAAGCGUGGGCCCCGCGACAAGACAGCAGCAACAUGAGCGAGCUGCUGGAGUUCGUCCUGCAGCACGAGGAGGCGUUCAGCAACCAGCAGCGCCUUGCAUCGCUGUAUGCGGACUUCCGACAGCAGCACGACAUCAACCCAGACGGGUACCAUGCCAACAUCGCCGCCUGGACAAAAGCCCUCACGGAUGCGGCGCGGGCGGGUGUCAUCCCCACACAAGGCACCACCCACGACCUACUGAACAUACGGACGACUGACGACCUGGCGCGAGCGCUGCAACAUCCACAGUAUGGGAAGCCCACGUGUCUGCCCGCCGUGUUCCACGAGGCGGUGCAGAAGAGGGAGAUGAUGCUCCUCAAAGACUUCCUCGGUUCCAAGACCAGCAUAUACGCGACGUCAUGGAUGCCAACGCCAUGGUCAGCGCUGCAGUGGAGUCUGCGAACGGUCGGUGUGCUGGGAAAGGCGGCUCCACCUGAUAAGCUUGCAGUCAAGAACUACGUAGUCCUGAAGAACGUCGAGGUAGCUGCCGACGAGAUCCUCAAGCUGAUGAAGGAGCACACAUCGACCGCCGACCGAGUCCUCUCACGACGAGACUUUCUCAACCGCUUCUCCCACACGCUCAACCCCGCCGCGCCCCUCACCAACAACGACCUCAACAUCAUCCUCGUGUUCCUCGCGCGAGACAAGCAGGCCAUCGCCUACGAUGCGCAGACGAUCAAAUUCAAGCCCGAGCACGACGCCCACCCUCUGCCCAUCACCGAGGAAGACGCCGCCAUUGCAGGCCUGCGCGACACACUCGCAAACAUCAACACCCAGAUUCCACCACUCAUGGAGAAGAUCGCCUCUGCCGACGCCGCAGCCCGCGAAGCCGUUGCCGCCAAGCAGAUGGUCCGCGCCAAAGCCGCCCUGCGCUCCAAGAAGCUAGCUGAAACCGCACUCGCGCAGCGCUCCGACGUCGCCCUGCAGCUGGAAGGCGUGUACACGCAGCUUCAGCAGGCAGCCGAUCAGGUGGAGAUUGUGGAGGCCAUGCGCGCUGGCGCCGCGGCACUCAAGGGCCUCAACGAGAAGGUUGGUGGCGCCGAGGGCGUGCAGGGAGUUGUAGAUGCUGUGAACGAGCAAAUGGCUACUACAGAGGAGAUUGCGAAUAUCAUCAACGAAACAGAUCACACGGUCGAUGAGGUCGACAUUGAUGAUGAGUUCGAGGCGCUGGAGAGGGCAGACAGGGAGAAGAAAGAGCGGGAGGAGGCUGCAAAGACAGCGGCGAAGCUUGCAGAGCUCGAGGAGGCGGAGAGGAUGCAGAAGGCGGCAGGUGCGCAAGAGAAGCAGUCGGAGAACGACGUGGUGGAGGAGAAGGUCGAGCAGGCUUCUCAAGGCAUCGCAAAGAUAUCUUUCCAGCAGGACAACGAGACAGAAGAUGCCCAGAAGGAGCGAGCCUCUGUUUACGCUUGA